AGGCCCGCAGCCCGGCCGGGAGAGCCCCCCGGGGGCGGGCCGCGGCGGCAUGCGGCUCCCCGGCAGGCUCGGCCCGCUCCGCAGCACCGCCCUGGCUGCCCGGCCGCCGGGGAGGGACAGGGGCAGGGGCAGGGACAGUCACACGGACAGGGACAGGAGCAGGGACAGGGACAGGGACGGGGACGCGGCCGGGGGCACGGCAGCCUUCUCCCGCGGGCGGCCGGGCGGCACCAUGGCCGAGGAAGCCAAGCGGCUGGCAGCCUGCGCGGCGGUGGACAGGCACGUCCAGAACAAUCAAGUUCUUGGCAUCGGAAGCGGUUCCACGAUUGUCCACGCGGUGCAUCGAUUAGCCGAGCGGGUUAAAGAAGAGAACCUGACAAUUGUCUGCAUCCCUACGUCCUUUCAGGCCCGGCAGCUGAUCCUGCAGAACGGCUUAACGCUGAGUGACCUGGACCGACAUCCAGAGCUUGACGUUGCCAUCGAUGGAGCGGAUGAGGUAGACUCAAACCUCAACCUUAUCAAAGGUGGCGGUGGCUGCUUGACGCAGGAGAAGAUAGUUGCAGGAUAUGCCAAAUGCUUCAUCGUUAUUGCCGAUUACAGGAAAAAAUCAGAGAGUCUCGGGGAGCAGUGGAAGAAGGGAAUCCCCAUUGAAGUCAUCCCCAUGGCUUACGUCCCUGUCACCAGAGCCCUGACCAAAAACUUUGGGGGUGCCGCAGAGCUGCGGAUGGCUGUCAGCAAAGCGGGCCCCGUGGUGACGGACAACGGGAACUUCAUCCUGGAUUGGAAGUUUGACAAGGUUCAUGAAUGGAGCGAAGUGAACACUGCCAUCAAAAUGAUACCAGGUGUGGUGGAGACGGGGCUGUUCAUCAACAUGGCAGAGGUGGUGUACUUCGGCAUGGAGGACGGCUCGGUCAGCGUGCGGGAGAAGCAGCCCCGCUGACGCCGGCGUGCUGCCCGCUCUGCUUCGCCUUGGGCCACUUGGAUUCAGCUGUCGUAACGGUGCCAGCCUGACGUUUUGCCUUAACGAGCAGUGGGUAUCGCAGGAGGCGGACGGGGAGUUGACCAGAGUCCGCUGAUGUGAUACUGAAUGUCUUUUUUUAAAAAAAAAAAAAAAAAAAAACACAAAAGAAAUUAUAUUCUAUUUCUAGAUAUAUAUAUAUUUUUACUUUAUAGGAAUGCUGUCUUUUUUUAAAGAAUCAUUUAAACAAAUUGCUUUAACAUUUUGAUUUUCUAAGAAAUAUUUACCAAAAAGAAUACUUCUUGUUUUGUGUUUUUUUGUUUUGUUUUGUUUUUCUUUCUUUUUUUUUUUUUUUUUUUUUGAACAGAACUUGAACCCUUCGGGGUGCUCUUAGCGCUCAACGAUUGAGGUCAGAAAUACAAUCCUAAUGCGUCAUUCUUAGCUACCUUGGCUGGGAGGAUGAUGUGCAUAAUGGGAGCACACCCAGUUGGGACCUGCUGAUGCCUUAUUUGGAACCUUUUUGGUUCGGUAUUUUAUGCCUUUUAUUUUUUCUACACCACUGUUUUUUAAUAGUCGGGAUGUCUAAUUUAUCCUCUGUGCAUAUGACAAAUCUCUGAGCCUAGGGACACUGUGGUCUCUGCCUCCCUGUGUCUGGGAUGUUAAUAAGGGCCUUUUUUGGGCCUCUGUAUGGAGGAGACAUUCAUCCUUUGAGCCAAAAUCUGUUCUUGUACAACUGCAUUAAUGUAGUACCUCUGUUAAAGCCUGUUCCAGUAGCUGGAGAUGUUCAGAACUUCGUCCUUGUAAAAGGAGAGCAGAACCUGAGGGUCCUUGAGGAUGUUUACGGAAGCAUUUAUGAGCAGCUUGGGGCAGUGCAGAAUACUGUUCUGUGGCAAAUUACUGGUUUGGAAUGAAGGUUAAUUACCACCUCUCGCAGCUGGUUGAUUUGUGGAAGGAUAGAGCAGAAUGCGAAGGAAAACCGAGUCUUCCUGCCUAAAUUUACUGUAUGUAGCAGGAGGGAGACACUCAUUUGAUAUAUUGUUCUCUGUGUACAGGUGCUUUGCAUGGUUCUGAUGUCAAAAUGCAAGCCCUCUUUUUGUGUUAGAGACACUGAAAUAAAGAACUGUUAUACCAGG